CAACAUGUUUAUUUGUGUAUCUGAUGUCAUUUCACAGGUUGAUGUGAUCGACCAGUAUGUGGAAGGCUUGUUGACAGACAGAGGUUCAAAGUGGUCCGAGAGCUCUGAGCUGGAGAUUUUCUUGACAAAUCCGAGAAGGGAAUUUCUAAAGGGCUUUGGUUUCGGUUAUGUCUUGGACUUGGCUUAUACAUAUCUCGAAGCCUAUGUGGAAAAAAAGUUCUUCAAAUUGAAGCUUAGGGACAAACGGCGCCCCGCCACAUCUGGAUUUGUACACAAGCUAGUCCAGCUACCAGGAACCGAGCGAAUUCAGAAGAUUUUAAAUGUGGAUGGGUACGAAGGGACAGUCAGGAAUAGGAGAUGUAAGGAAGCUUUGGUUCGGGAUGUAGUCGCACUGCUUGUAUCCAACAAACUGCACAUAUCUUUACCAGAAGCAAGACGAAGAUGCUGUCAAACUGAACAUUCAUCGUUACACACGGCACUUAAAAAAAGUGAACAAUUAAGAGCACACCGCUUAAUCAGCAGUACCGAGUCGUAAAUGGCAUGCUGUGUGUGUAAAUAAUAGAUGACUGAUGAGUUGACAAUGUGUAUUUUAUAUCAUUGUUAUCAUUGUAUCAUGGCUAUAUGCCUUGUACAUAUAGCCUACACCUAUAAUGUAUUUUCCAUUCCACCUCCAUACCAUUCAUUGCUUCACUUACACAUGUAUAGAAUCUUAGAAUGUACAA